UGCAAAAAAGUGGAAAACCCAACAAAAAAAAAAAAAAAAAGAGAAGAAAAAAGUUGUUCACAGGUUCCUGAGCCUGUGAGACUGCUCUCUCUAUGAUGCCGCUUACCCACAAACUCUAACAACAAGACAAACAGAGCCCACCUAACAGCAGCAGCACCACCACCACCUCAGGAAAGGAGGAGAGAAAAAGCGACUCAAAUCGCUUCAUAAUCACUCAUUUUCUUCCCCUUCUUCUUCUUCUUCCUCCUCUGCAUUCAAAUCUGGGAAUGGAACAAAGAGAUUCAUUAAACUAAACUUCUUUAACGUUCAUGCUUUUCUCUCUUUCAACUCAAUUCAUUCCCUUUCACUUUCUGUUCUAGAACCCUUAAAUCGCCUCUAUUUGUUUGUUCUUCCAUUCAUUCCUUCUUCUUCUCCAGUUUCCUUGUUUAAGAAUCAUGCCUGUUGCUCCACAGACUUCUACAAUUGGUGAACACAUCAAUUUGAGAAGACCCAGAAGCCAUUUCAGCCAACCCAUUUCAGAAUCAGAUCCAAACCCAUCAAUCCCUUCGAUUAUUCAAUCCACUCGCUGCAAAUCCACCAUUUCUUCUCUCCUUCUCUCUACCUUUUCCAAUAAUUCAACCACCGGCGCCAAUGAAUGCUUACCCUCUUCCAUUGCCACGAACAGGAAGAAGAACAACUUUUCUUCUGCAACGUUCAGGGGACUCGGUUGCACCAACGCUGCUUCUCAGCAGGUAUCCGUCCCCGCUGUAAUUCGAACUUCAGCGGAUUGGGAAAAGAAGAAAACGAGGAAAAAAAAGCAGAAGAACUCCAAGAACAAAACCCAUCAAGGAAUUGUUGAUGCCUCUCAUUUUCAUCCUAAUUCGAGUAUCAAUUCUGCUAGCUGCUUAGACGCUCAAGAUGUUUGGUGUGCCCCUGGAAUUGAAUUCGCUGCAGAUGCGGCUGCUUCUGUGGAUUGCGUUGUUGCUAGACGGCAUGCUUCUGGAAGGGGAAAAAUCGAUUUGGAGAAGAUUAAUCAGAGGGAGCGUUCUUCUUUAGGAGGAAGACGAACUGUGAAUCCCGAGACCCUUUUAUAUUUGGAUUCUGAUUCUGAUCUUCCAACUGCUCGAUCAUUUGAACUGUCUCGGAGUCGAUAUUAUCGCCAUGUUCGACAUCCAUCCCCUGAUGGCCUUGCCGAGCAGAUUAUGAUGUUUCAGAGCGGGUUGCUGAUGGGUGGAAGAUUCGACAUACACGACCAGUUUAGGGAAUUGCGGCUUGAUGUCGAUAACAUGUCGUACGAGGAGCUGCUUGAGCUUGGUGAAAGGAUUGGGCAUGUCAGUACUGGGCUGAAAGAAGACGAGAUGGGAAGGUGCAUUAGAACAAUGAAGCCCCUUGCUGUAAAUGAGCUAACAACAACUCACUUGUUAUCUCAAAUGGAUCGGAAGUGCAGCAUCUGUCAGCAGGAGGAGUAUGAUCCAGAGGAUGAAAUGGGUAAGCUGGAAUGUGGGCAUGGGUAUCACGUAGAGUGUAUAAAGCAGUGGCUUGCGCAGAAGAAUGCGUGCCCGGUGUGUAAGACAGCGGCGGUGGGCCGUGGUUGAAUGGUUAGUUCAUCAAUGUCUAGCACUUGUUCGACUAAACCUGCUUGCUUUUCUCCUCCCUACGUGGUGUAUAGAUUUCAUUUGCCUUGUUAUAUGAGCUAAAGCAUUCGUUCAUUUGUGUGAAGCUGCUUCCCUUUCUGCUUAUAAUUGAUAUGAUGGCCGCCAUUUUCUUGUUCCUCAGUUGUCUAGAGAUUUUAUGUAAUGAUUUUGGAUUGACUUUGAUUGCAUUAUCUUUAAGACCUCAAGGUUCAAUGCCUGCCUUUCUUGUG